UCGUCUACAUGCAGUUGGUGAGACGAUGUAGCGCGUGCUAUUUUCUCAAUUUGUACCCUUCGUAACUUACCCCACCUUCGAUGAUUUUAUACAGUUAAAAUGGCACCAGUGCCACCAACGAUACAAAGUGGGGAAAAGAGAAGUGACCGGGACAGGAAAUCCAGAGGAACUGUGCCAGGAAAGUCUGAUCUAGUAUGCCGCAUCAAGUACGGCAACAACCUACCAGACAUACCUUUUGACCCCAAGUUCAUCACCUACCCCUUCGAGGCCAACCGGUUCGUCAAAUACAACGCCACAUCACUGGAGCGCAACUACAAACAUGAGCUGCUGGCUGAGCAUGACCUCGGGGUCACAAUCGAUCUCAUCAACCCAGACACAUACAGGAUAGAUCCUCAUGCUUAUCUAGACCCAGCUGAUGAGAAGUUGCUCGAAGAGGAAAUUUCAACACCAGGAGAUUCCAAGAGAUCGAGGCAGCACACGAAGGCCGUGUCUUGGUUGAGAAAGACGGAGUACAUCUCUAGUGAAUACAACAGAUCACAAUAUAGCCGAGACAAAGUCGAGACAAAGGUCGCCUAUCAUCUGAAAAAGCAAUUUAACGAAGAGAAUUUAUACAAAGACCAAGCGAGUCAGAUUGCAGCAAUAGAAAAGACAUUUGAAGAUGCCAAAAUACCGAUUGACCAGCACUACAGUAAGCCCCAUGUCAAGCCAGUGGAGAUCCUACCAGUGUUCCCAGACUUUGAUAUGUGGAUCCACCCUUGCGCUCAGGUCAUCUUUGAUUCAGACCCUGCUGUCCGAGGCAAAUCGGUUGCCGCCCAGGUUGAGGAGAUGUCACAGGCUAUGAUCAGAGGUAUGGUUGAUGAGGCAGGGGACCAGUUUGUUGGCUAUUUCCUACCCACGGAAGAGACCACGGGGAAGAGGAAGCGCGAUUUCCUGGACGAGAUAAACUAUGUUGAAGACGAAGAAUAUGAGUACAAACUGGCUCGGGAAUACAACUGGAAUGUGAAGAACAAAGCCAGCAGGGGCUACGAGGAAAACUACUUCUUUGUCUUCAGGAACGGCAAGGGUGUCUACUACGACGAACUGGAGACCAGGGUAAGACUUAAUAAGAGAAGAGCCAAGGAAAAGGAAGGCCCAUCCACCAAUUCCGUCCUGGUGGUGAAGCACCGAGAGCUCGCAGAACAAGAACUUGCUGUGCAGGAGGCCCGACUGUCUCAGCUUGACAAUGUCAUACACGAAGAGGAGGACGAAGAAGAGGCAGAGGAAGAAAUGGCAGAAGACGUCGAGGAGAGAGAGGAGAACGAGGAGGAGAUGGAGACACAGGAGGAAGAGGAGGCAGGCUUGGAAGGGGAGGCGGAAGACAACGAGGACAGAGAGGAGAGCGGCGAUGAGGCUCCCUCCCAGGAAUCUGAUGCAGAGAAUGUGGCCAGUGGCAGUGAGAGGGCCGAGAGCGAAGCGGAACAAGAAGGCAGCGAAGCGGAAGAGGUCCAGGAGCGGGAGGAAGGAGAAGAGGACGAGGAGGAGCAAAUACAAGAAGAGGAGGAAGAAGCCAAGAGCGGCAGCGAGAGAGAAGAGGAAGUCCAAGAAGAAGAGGACGAAGGAGAAGAAGAAGCUGCGGCGGGCAGCGGAGAGGAAGAUGUUGAAGAGGAGGACAAGGAGGCAGAGGAGGAAGAGGAAGACGAAGAAGAGGAGCAGGGAGGCGUGGAGAGAGAUGAAGAGGAGAUCUUUGGUAGUGCCAGCGAUGUGGAAUCGGGACAAGCAUCAAGCGGAGAGGAGAGCGACUGAUGGAUUGGUUGAUUGAUGUUGAUCAGAAGCACCCAGAUGGGAGUGAAGUAGCUGAUGCACCAACUUGUGGACAAACUCAAACAGGAGACGUUUUGAGAGAUGAGUAAAUAACUUGACAUUUUGGGGGCUAAGGACUAUCAAAUUUUUUCCCUAAUCAGUUGCAGUCUGCCUUGUUAAAGAAGAGCCGGCCAAUUACCUUGUUUCUGAAGGCACUGUCAGAGAGCUAGAAAGACGAACACCUAAUAGCCAAAUCUCUGGCGAAAUACCAACAUUUUCACUUAUUCACCAGCAUUUACGUAGCAUUAGAAAUCACUCAUUUUGUGUAACCCAAAUAAUCCACCCCCAGUGUUGUAUUACACUACUGUGCCAAAACUGGAAAAGGAUGGAACAUUUGCUCAGUUCGACAGCUCUUGAGAUAACAGCUUAUCACACUGUUGCAUCAUACAGAAACUUUCCAGGCAUUACUUUAACACAGGCUCCAAACAGAAAGAAAAUUAGGAAAUCUGGUUACAUCAGGACUACUGUCCUUACUAUUUUGGUCAUUGUUAAGCCAUUUGAAGAGAUGCCAGGGUUGUAAUAUCAAACUGAGCAGAUGCCCUCACAGUGGUAUUUAUUUAGCAGGAUAUAACACGACAGACUCCUUGGCUGUCGUUAUUGUAUUUUAGAGGUGGAAAGACAAGCCGAUGUCAUAUUAGAAAACCUCCCUUCCCAGGUCAGAUUGAAAGCCUAGAGUCACGAUAAGGAUGAUCUUGCAGCACGAUCAAGUCUCAGUGUUGAUUUGUUAAAGUCUAAUAACACGCCUUAUGCUGUGAGGGAAGAAUGAUGCUUUAUACUCGGUAAAACUCGAGUUGGUUAAAUCCACUUUUCUUGUUUUAAUGCAGAAGUGCAUCCAGCCAUUUUGCAGUGUCAUAGAUUCUCUUUGAACCACCAUUUUUUGUUAAUACAGAUGUGUUUUUAUAGUUUUUAUGUCACCAAGACUAAAAAUGGCUUUAAAUCAGAAAGUUCCUGGAGGUAUACUGUAUUUGUUUAAAAUAAAGCCACAGAAAUGCUCAAUUUGAUACCUUGUGACACCACAAGAAUAGAACUAUGUACUGAUAAUAGCUAAUUUUGUUUAGAUGUGCACCUUUCUAUGGAAUCAGUGGGGCUCCAUGAUCCUGUGAGCACCAUAAAAAGUGCACACAUCAACAAAGUAUAGCAUCAUCAUUAAAGAGGGUCUGUUCUGUUAAGGUACUGUAAAAACUGAUGCUGCUCAAGUUCUGUUAAUUCCAACCCUCGCAUUACUCCCACAUCAUAUCCCCCUUUAACUCGUAGUGCUUAAAUUUGGAGAGUGUUUUCAUGAAUGCAAUUUUCCAUCAAUUAGUUAGGCUUGAAUGACAGGUACCUGUGCUGGUGAGGUGUGCAGUUAAAGCCAUGAUGGCUCAGGUUGGGGAAGAUGACUCGUUCAAUUAUUGACCGGUAAAUCCAGCAAUGAAUUAAAUAUGGCACAGCCAAUGAACCUUGUCGACGGCUAUCUUUCUUUUCCUAGGCAGUGGUUUGGAUUCGCAGAUCUGUAGUCCGGUCGUUUUUAAUAAUAAAAGUGUACAGAGCACUCAUAGAGUCAA